AUGUCCAUUGUGUCUCCCAAGUUUCCGCAGGAGCUGGUAGACAUGAUCAUAGAUUACCUCUGGGAUGACCGUCCGGCGUUGAUGGCGUGCAGUCUGACGUGCCGCCCUCUUUCGAACGCAAGUCGGACGCAUCUCUUCGGCGAAGUAUGCCUUGAACACGAAGCCGCCUGCACUAGCUUCGAACAGCUUGUUGAACAGUCUCCGCAUUUCGCGCUACAUAUUCGCAAGCUGUCCAUCAAAUGCCGGCACUUCUGUCACGAUCUAACGUAUCAACCGAGCUCGGCGUGGGUUGCUUGGAUUCCCGCCCUCAUGGCGAAGCUCCCUAGGCUUGAAGACCUGGAGUUCGCAUUCUUGGACUGGAGCAGAUUGCAAUUCGACGCUGAGCGUACCAAGAUGCUUUCCAUGCAUCUCGCGAGGCUCAGACGUCUUGCGCUAUCCGAUAUUCAUUUUCAACAUCCCAGUGACGUACGCGAAAUUCUCAUAGCUGCGAGCAACCUGCAGGAGCUACUACUAUUCCGUAUCUUCUUCACGUGCUACGGACAAGGAAAACCGCGAUCUCCUCCCGAUGUUCCCAUCGGUCGUAACUUGCAGCGCAUUUCCUUACGGGCGACUGUCUUACCGCUCUUAUUGAAGGACUGGCUUCUACUUCCCGAAUACCCGCUCAACCUACGUUAUAUUUGUGUACAAGGUCGAGACGAAAGCACCGCAAACGCCCUCGGCGGGUUUCUUCGGUCGUCAGCGGCCAGCCUCCGACACGUUGACAUAGAGUUCCCGAGUGGCGCGGCAUCUAUAAUGCAUGACGAGGUGGACUUGUCACCUCUCACUGAACUCCGCUCUUUCAGCUUCGGUGGCCUCAUUGCGUCCGAAAGCUGUGCAUGGUUGCUCAUACUCCUCUCACAAAUCACAUCAAACCAUCUCGAAACCGUCAAAGUUUCCAUGCUCGCCAUAAAAGCGCAGGAUCUCUUGGCAUUAGACUGGGCACAGUUAGACGAGACGCUCUCGCAUGCUCGCUUCUCCCGAGUCGAAUUGACGAUGUACAUCAAGCUUUCCCCCAGUCGCAGGAUCGAGAUCGGGAUCGAGCAAGCGCAUAGAAUCGUGACGACUUCGUUGCCACAUUUCCAGAAACAUGGGACUUUGCGAGUGAAAGCUGAAUGA